AUGGAGCAGCCUGUCAAACCCAAGAAAACACGGCGCAUGCGCCUCCCCAAGUCCCAAACGGGAUGUCGCACAUGCCGGACCCGCCAUCUCAAAUGCGACGAAACACCAGGCUCCUGUCGGCGAUGCACAUCCGCAGGCUUCAAAUGCGACGGCUACGACCUGGAGCGUCUCUCGCACAAGCGCAACCCUAACCCGUGCUCUACCAUGGCACUGACCGAGUACCAGUUCCGCGCCCUGCUGCCCGACAAAACAGCCGAGGAGCGCCGCUUCUUCAACUACUUUCACUCCUUCACCAUCCCCAUGAUGAACGGCUGGUUCGACCACCGGCUGUGGAACUCGCUCGUGCUGCAGAUGUGCCAGUCCGAGCCCGCCAUCUGCCACGCCGUCGUCGCCCUGAGCGCCCUGCAGGAGGUGUCUGAGGUCGCGGGGCUAACGACUCUCCCCGAGGACAUGGGCAACCGCACCCAUCGCUUCGCGCUGUAUCAGUAUAAUCGCUCGAUCGAGAACCUGACGGCGCGCAUGCGCUCGAAUGACCCGCACGUGCGCAGCACCGUCUUGCUCUGCUGUCUGCUCUUCAUUGCGUUUGAGCUGAUGCGUGGUAGGAUCGACGAUGCCGUUACGCAUCUGCAUAAUGGAUUGCAUAUCAUGGGGACAGGGAAGUUGGAUUACCAUGGUUUGUACCAGCAGCAUCCGGCGGCGGAGCAGGAUAUUGAGCGAUCGCUUGCGGCGGCCAUGGUUCAUCUGGACUUGCAGGGCGCGCAUUUUGGAUUCUCGGAGAUCCAUGUGGCGCUUGAUAUCCGGACACUGGUGAAAGGGAAGAAGUCUGGGCCGGGGCAUGAGCGAUUCCAUAGUAUCCAGGAUGCGUGUUUCAUGCGCGACCGUGCCUUUCUCCAGUUCUGUCUGUGGACGGCCUUUUGUGAUAGCUUGUCUGCGGCAGACAUUGAAGCGGAGUAUGAUGUGUUGAUACUAGAGCAGAAGAAGCAGCUCGUGCAGCUAGCAAAUUUUGGGUCUGCGCUUGAUGAACUGGAGCAGCGACUCUAUGCCGAAGGACCCGUUGCGGAAAAGGACCGCCGGUCCAUUGAAGCCCUGCGCAUGCACCAGAAGGGCCUGUUUCUAAUUACGGAAAUCAGCUUGAUCAAAUCCAACGAGGUAAUCCGCGACGUAUACGCCGACCGCUUCGCAGAGGUUGUGGAUAUGGCAGCGAAAAUCACGGCCGGUGUCCAGAGUACAGCGCGCAAGGCGGGUCCUCGUCCAACACUCUUGAUGGAUACGACCGUUAUUGGCCCGCUGUACUAUUUCAUCGAGAAGUGCCGGAACCCAGUAAUAGCCAGGAGGGCACUCAAGAUCCUGGAAUCAUGGCCGCACCGCGAGGGAAUGUGGGACUCGACUCUGGCGGCGGGGAUGGCCAGGAGUUCAGUGCAGCUGUAG